GGAAGUGAAAAAAAGAAACAUUACAAAACGCGAAGGACGCCUCGGUGAGGAGGGGACGAGGGAGCUACCGCCGAUCAGGAGAAGAAGCCGCUGCAGCGAAAGGAAGGUUGAACUCAUCCUUGAUCACCAUGCCGAGGGGGAGCCGAAGCCGAACGUCCCGGAUGGCGCCACCCGCCAGCCGUGCACCAAUGCGAUCAGCUCCAACUAUGGCUGCGCGUGCUCCUGUCCCAGCUCCAGCCCCUGCUUCAGCAGUGGGUUCUCCUGCCCCCAGGCAGCCUGGCCUGAUGGCCCAGAUGGCCACCACAGCUGCAGGUGUUGCUGUAGGUUCUGCUGUGGGCCAUACUCUAGGACAUGCCAUGACUGGGGGCUUUGGGGGUGGAAGCUCUGAAGCUGCAAAACCUGACAUCACUUACCAGGAGCCUCAGUCAGCAGAGCCUGCUAUGCAGCAGUCCCAAUACACACCUUGCCAGUAUGAGAUGAAGCAGUUCUUGGAGUGUGCUCAGAACCAGAGUGAUUUGAAACUAUGUGAAGGGUUCAGUGAGGUGCUGAAGCAAUGCCGAUUUGCAAAUGGCUUAGCUUAAUUAAACUCUGGAGGAUCAAAUCUAGCUCCAUCACUGAGAUCGAUUGCCAGUAAAAUUUUCUUUUAACGUCUAAAAGCUCUCCAACUUGUCUUUGUUUAUAAUCCGUUUUCCAUCUGACAAGAAAGCAUGAAGUUUGCAGCAAGAAGAAUUGUGGCAAUAAGUUCUUGUGGUUGGGAAAGUGGAAUGAUCAUCCAAUUUUAGGAUUACUUCACUUGUGUUAUUCCAGAUUGUGAUUGUGUAUGAUCCUUAGAAUAAAAAAUGACUAUUCUGGAAAAGAGGUUUUAAAUUGCCUGUCAGUCUUUAAUAAAUAACGAUGACUGGAAACA